CUUUCAGGGACAUCCCAGGGUAUAAAAGGAGCAAACCUUCUCCAGGGAGGACACAAUGGACCAAGAGUCCUCAACUUGACUGGGAACAGCCAUCAGAGACACCUCAGCUGAUGAGGCCAAGCUAACAGCUCUUUGCUCCAAACUACUGAAGACUUCCAGACUUCAUCUCGUCUCUCUUAGUCUGUCGACUCUCUCGCUCUCCAGACUUUGUCACCAUGCCUCCUCAGAUCCAGUCCCAAAGCCAGAAUGGUCCCAGGAUCCUGCAGGGCAGCCUCAGUGCCUUGAGCCCCGCGGUCCGGGAGUUUGUGGAAGCCAACAUGGUCCUGUGCCAGCCUGAGUCUGUCCACAUCUGUGAUGGCUCAGAUCAGGAGAACCGAGCCAUCCUGACCCAGCUAGAGGAACAGGGGAUGAUCAAGAAGCUCACCAAAUACGAGAACUGCUGGUUAGCUAGAACCGACCCAAGGGAUGUGGCUCGCAUUGAGAGCAGAACAGUGAUUGUUACCCAGAACCAGAGGGACACAGUACCAACACCACUGGAUGGAGGAGUCAGCCAACUGGGCCGUUGGAUGUCUCCAGAGGAGUUUGACAAAGCCAUGGGUCAACGCUUCCCCGGCUGCAUGAAAGGUCGCACCAUGUAUGUGAUUCCCUUCAGCAUGGGUCCAGUAGGUUCCCCCUUGUCUAAGAUUGGUGUGGAGCUGACGGACUCCCCCUACGUCGUGGCCAGCAUGAGGGUGAUGACCCGAAUGGGGAAGACAGUGCUAUCCGCUCUGGGAAAUGGAGAGUUUGUCCGCUGCCUGCACUCCGUUGGCUGUCCUCUACCUCUCAAAAAGCCCCUGGUAAACAACUGGCCCUGCAAUCCUGAGCAGACACUGAUUGCCCACAUCCCAGACCGCAGACAGAUUGUGUCGUUUGGCAGUGGUUAUGGAGGAAACUCGCUGCUGGGAAAGAAGUGCUUCGCUCUCCGUAUCGCCUCUCGCAUCGCCAAAGAGGAAGGCUGGCUGGCUGAGCACAUGCUGAUCCUCGGUGUCACUAAUCCUGCUGGGGAGAAGAAGUACAUGGCGGCAGCCUUUCCCAGCGCCUGUGGGAAAACCAACCUGGCCAUGCUCUGCCCAACGCUGCCUGGAUGGAAGGUUGAGUGCGUAGGAGAUGAUAUCGCUUGGAUGAAGUUUGACAACCAAGGCAAUUUACGUGCCAUCAACCCUGAGAAUGGCUUUUUUGGUGUUGCACCCGGCACAUCCAUCAAAACCAACCCCAAUGCCAUGGCGACCAUUGUUAGGAACACCAUCUUCACAAAUGUUGCAGAGACCAGCGACGGCGGCGUGUACUGGGAGGGAAUGGACCAAAAACUUCCUGAGGAAGUGACUCUCACGUCCUGGAAAAACAAGCCCUGGAAUUUAGAAGAUGGAGAACCUUGUGCUCAUCCCAACUCUCGUUUCUGCACACCGGCCGGUCAGUGUCCCAUUAUUGAUCCGCAGUGGGAAUCCCCGGAGGGAGUCCCCAUUGAGGCUAUCAUUUUUGGAGGCCGCAGACCAGAAGGUGUCCCUCUGGUGUAUGAAGCCUUCAGCUGGCAGCAUGGUGUGUUUGUUGGAGCAGCCAUGAGGUCAGAGGCCACCGCAGCAGCCGAACACAAAGGCAAGGUAAUCAUGCACGACCCCUUUGCCAUGCGCCCUUUCUUUGGCUACAACUUUGGCCAGUACCUUUCCCACUGGCUGAGCAUGGCCGACCGUCCUGGUGCCAAGCUCCCCAAGAUUUUCCACGUCAACUGGUUCCGCAAGUCUCCGACAGCUGGCUUCCUCUGGCCCGGUUUUGGGGACAAUAUCCGCGUCCUGGACUGGAUGUUCAGACGAGUGAACGGUGAGACCGGCGCCAUGCCCUCAGCAGUGGGUUACCUGCCCUGCCGUGACUCCCUGAACCUCCAGGGUCUGCAGGGGAAGCUGGAUCUGGAUGAGCUGUUCUCCUUGGAUCAGGAGUUCUGGCAGAAAGAGGUGGAGGAGGUGAGGAAGUACUUCACCACUCAGGUGAACAGUGACCUGCCCACCACGGUGGCCCAGCAGCUGGAGCUGCUGCAGCAGAGGGUGGAGCAGAUGUGAAAGGAAAGGAGGCGCAGCCUAAAAGACCACGUUAGUGAUUUUAGUUCUGCAUGUGGUACAACUGAUAUGUAACUCAGAAUAUUUAGUCGCCAAACUCCGACCAACACACAUUACAAUCAGGAAGUCAGAUUUAAACGGGUGUUUAAUUUUAAAACUUCCUACUAAGUGAAGCAUCGUCAGCUAACAGAUGAGAAACAACCGUUACGGUUUGAUUUUAAGUUUAGUUACUUUACCAGCAAAAAUCCUCUAUCUUUUCCGAUGACUUCCCAGAAUUCCGACUGCUGAAGUCGAUAGGAAAUGUUUAAUUCCCAUUCAUCUAUGCUGUUGCAACGAAGCUGGUUUCUAAACCUUUGUGCAAUGUGUUCUUUUAUUUUAUGUUUGUUCUUUGUCUAUUUAAAACUAAAUAACUUAUUUCAGAUGCAUAUUGUUUUGCCAUAUGGUGCAUCAUAAGUGUUCCUGUUAUUUGAUGUCGUAAUUUAUUUUUAUACAGUAUUGUAUUUGUUGUGUUUACUGUAAUUAAACUGAAGGGAACGCAUGAAUAAAUGAUUUUAAAGUUA